CAGCAGCCGAGUUCCCUGUCUUGUCCGAAAGAUCCCUGGCCCGGUGGCCCCUGCCAAGAUGGGGGGAGCUCGCCGCGGCGGAGACACGGACGGCCUCCACUCCCGCCGCCGCCACCACCACCACCGCCCCAGCCACAAUGCUCUCCCCAAUCUCGCUGAUGGUGCCGGAGUUGGAUCCUUGAGAAAACAAGGAGGCGAACCUGGGAUGCAUUCCAAUUCCUUGUUUGGUGGGAACAGGCUUUGUACACCUAAAAGGGCUGGUCGCACCCCAAUGAAAAUGUUAAUAGAUGAUGAAGUCUCUAGAUAUGCCACUCCUAGGCAUACAGUGCCAGGUAUUGUAGGAAGGCUUAUGGGCCUUGAUGUAAUGCCUUCAUCUGGGGUGCAUAGCCAAGAUACAUGCAAUGGGAACCAUUUACAGGGCAUGUCACCUGGGAGCUGCAGCCAUAAAUCAGGGAAUUGUAGUGACAAAUAUGCUCUGUCGGGAGAUGUUCCACGCCGGACAUGCACUGACGAGGUUCCAGAAUUCAAAGAUGUGUUCGAAGUAAUGGAGACCACAAGAAUGAAGAACCUAAACCGUAAUACUUGUUUUGGACAUGACAGGGUUAACAAUGCUGACCUUAAUUUUGUAAGGCAGAAAUUUAUAGAUGCAAAACGGCUUUCCACUGAUGGAUCUUUUCAGAAAUCGGAAGACUUCAAUGAUGCGCUAGAGGCAUUGGUAUCAAAUAAAGAUGUUCUCAUGGAAAUUCUUCAAGAAUCCAACAAUGUUGCUGCGAGUGAUCUGUCCGGUCUAAGCUGUUCUCCAUUGUCUGGUGUAAACCGCAUCACACUAUUAAAACCAUCCAGAAGGAAUAAGUUCAUUGACGCAGACGUUGUCUAUCCACCAGAAAAUGACACUGAAAGGUGUUUCCGCACACCAAAAGAAGCAAAGCAUUCUCCAAGGAAGCUCCAUAUUAAGCCCCAUGCUCCCAAAGAAGAAACUGGUUCUUUGAGACAAAAGUUGUCUAGGUCAAGCUACAGGGAUUGCAUUGAUAAGCGCAUUUCUCCCACCCGGAUUGUUGUUUUGAAACCAUACCUUGAUAAAACUCAGAACAUGGAAGGAGCAUUUCCACUCACUGAUGACAUAUUUUGCUCUAGUGACAGAAGGAUUGAAGCAUGCCUAGAUGAUGGUAUUCAAAGGCAAUAUGCAGAAGAAUCCAUGCCUCAGGCCUCCAUAGCAUAUUCUGAUGCACAACGCCAUAGGGAAAAGGGGCCAAGAGAAAUUGCUCGAGAGGUUUCAAUGCAAAUGAGGACAGCUGGCAGGGGAGGUGUAAGUGGGAAGCAGAAAGUCAGCCCAGAUAUUAGGACGUCUAAGCAGGAUGAACAGGUUUCUUUACUGGCAUCUAUGGCUAAGCUAAAGACUUCAGCGGCAUUGGAAAGAUCUCCUGUUCUAUGUGAUUCUUUGGAUGCUCCUUCCGUAGCAACUUCACCAACACAUUCAAGUAAGAGAUCCAUUAGGAAGGAAGCAAAGAGACGCUUAUCUGACAGAUGGAAGGUGGCUCACCAACAUCAGCAUCCAUCUCGAGAAGCAAAUACGUUCAGCACACUUGGGGACAUGCUUGCUCUAUCUGAUAAAGAGGUGUCAGAGCUUACUGCAGCAACUCGCCAGCAAUGUCCAGAGGGAAAGUUACAUAGGGAUGUGAUACCAGGAUCAUGUGGUUAUCCUCUUGGUAUAAGUAGCAAUGAUGGUUGGAAAGACGAGAACAUAUGUAACAUAUCAAGGUUGGAGUCUAUUUCUACUUCAUCCAUCAACCGAAGGAGUCAGAACUUGACCAGCACAAAAGCAAGUUUCACACAUGGUGAAUCUUCUAUGGUCGAGAACAUCAUCAGAUCUGGGCCUUAUGAUUCUGAAGUUCUGCAUCAGGACAGACAAAGGAGAUCACUGAUCAGAAGUUCAACAUAUCACUGUGAUGAAAGUGACGUGCCAUGUCUGGACAAAGUGGAACGUGAGAUACAUGUGAAUUUUGAAGAACCAAUUUACACUGCUGAAGUGCCAGAGCUAUCUGAAACUGGAGGAAGACUUUUGCAUGCUGGAAAUUCUUGCCAUAGUUUAGAAUCUGAACGCUAUUUAAAUUACAGUCCUGCAGUUCCAAACUGGCAAGGUGAGGCUCAGUCUUCUGGACACAACAAGAUUAUUAACCAACACCAGGCAUCCACAGUAGACGAUAAUCUUAGUCUUGGAGAUUCUGCAGCUCAGACUGAUGGGAAUGAGCACGAUCGAUGUGAAGAUAAUCAAGCUCCAUCCGAUCAUCUGACAGAAUUAGUAUCCGUUGUAAGUUCCAAUGAAGACGAUCACCCAAGUCCAGUGUCUGUCCUCGAAUCUUCUUUGGACGCGGAAGACUGUUGUUCAGGAGGUUUCGAGAAAAUAAGUGCAGAUCUUCAAGGGCUCAGGAUGCAACUUCGACUGCUCAAGAUGGAGGCAGCAGGCGAUGCAGAUGAAACCGAGCUUGCUUUAUUUAGUGACGAUGAAACUGCUGCAAGUUGUGAACUAGAAAAUGAAAGUGCGCCGACAUCCUGCACUUUCUGGGAUGAAGAUGAAAGGGAUUUUUCUUAUGUGGUCAACAUGCUCAACUGUCUAGGCAUUCAGAGUGCUGAGCAGGAUCUUCUACUCGAUGCGCGCUGUUUAUUGAGAUCUCCCGCCUGCAGUGAUGUGUAUGAUAAUCUCGAAAAGAAGUACAGCAAGCUCAUUCUGUGGCCGCAGUCUGAGAGGAGGCUCCUUUUCGAUCUGACAAAUGAUAUCCUUGUGGAUACCAUCACUUGUUUGACACAAUGUGGCAGUCAAGGGUUGAUGAGGAGGUGUCAGUUGAGCAUGAAGUGGGGCAAGGAGGAGUUCGUCCAGGAGGUGUGGGAAAGGGUGUGCCGACAACGGCGAGAAACAGAAUGCUUCCAGGAGGAAAAAUUGAUGGGUGUAGGGUGGCUGGACUGCGAGGAUGUCACUGAGCAGAUCGCAGCGGACUUUGGUGGUAUGGUAUGUGAGGAUCUCCUGGAAGAAGCUAUAGCUGACCUGAAUCUGUCGAAGCAUUUUGGUUAGGAAGGUGGUUUAUUUCGCACACCGGAAAUGUCAACAAUUUGCGAGUUGUGUACAAGUAAUGCUAGUGUUUUGUGCC